AUGCUUCUGGUGAUGGGCAACCCGGGGCGCUCGCGGCAGCUGUCAGCCCUGAUUGCUUCCGCCGCCAUCUUGCUGUUACUCUCUGCGUUGCCGAUUUGUCGGCCCUACACCUACGAGCAAGAUGUGUUUGCGAUAAAUGGCUUGUACACGGCACUUGGAGCACCACAGCUGCCUAAUUGGACUUCAAAUGGUGGUGACCCCUGCAAUGAGAACUGGCAGGGUGUUUCAUGUGUAGCGUCAAAUAUCACCUCCAUAGUACUCAGCGGUGCAAAUUUGGGUGAACAGCUGGGCAACACUUUGGGGAAUUUCACAUCAUUAAUCACCUUGGAUCUCAGCAACAAUAAUAUCGGCGGGACCAUACCAGAUGGUCUACCACUCACAAUGCAGAGAUUUUUCCUUUCAGCUAACCAGCUAAGUGGUAGCCUUCCAAGUACAUUGUCGUCCCUUACACACUUGACAAGCAUGUCACUCAAUAGCAAUCAUUUGACUGGAGCGAUACCAGAUGUAUUUUCAGCACUCACUGGACUUGCAAAUUUAGAUUUUUCUGACAACAACUUGACUGGUCCGUUGCCACCUUCAAUGGGAAAUUUGACAGCAUUGACUAGCCUACAUAUUCAGAACAAUCAAAUAUCCGGAACCCUUAAUGUGUUGCAAGAUCUCCCUUUCCAAGAUUUGAACAUUGAAAACAAUCUUUUCUCUGGUCCCGUGCCUGUGAAAUUACUGAACUUGCCAAACUUCAAGAAGGAUGGGAACCCAUUCAAUACCAGCAUAGCUCCAUCUGCGCAGCCUCCCUUGGCGCCAACACCAUUACCAUCAGUCCCACCUUCAACAGGGCAUGUCCCCUCAAAAGAACCUGCACAUUCUUCUAGUGUUCCAGGUGGAAGUACUUCAGGAUCAGGAAAAAAUACUACACUCAAAUUAGCUGGAUAUAUUCUUAUUGGGGUGGUAUUAGCAGUAGUUCUUGUGCUAAUUGCAAUGUACUGUUUAUCUAAGUACAAAGAAAAAAAAUCGAGAGGUGAUAUUUAUAUGAAAAACAAGAUAGGAAGGGUACCUCAGAAGCUUGGAGAGACUAAAAUCAAGGAAGUGGUAGAAAUGAAGGAGUCACCAUUAAAACUCAAGAAUAAUGCUGAGAAAGCUUCGAAUGUUGUUUCUGAUGAAAGAGAGGAGCAGAAGUUAAAAAUGCCAACGUCAGAAACUUCAAAUGUGGUUUAUGAUCCAAGUCGAAGGGAUGGGCAGAACUUAGAUUCGUCAAUGGCAGCUGUACCUGGGGUUGUUACAAUGAAUAAAAAAGAGCACGUGAUUGAUAUGGAAAAGGUUGAUAAUUUUGUUGAGGACCAACUGCAUCCCCCGCAGCCGAUUGCACCGCGGACUGAAAAAGUCAUUGUCAAACCAAGUGUUCGUACAAGAAAGGGAAGAGUACCUUCAGUUGAAAAGGUGGAAUCGACGACUACUGUCAAGUCCUUCUCCAUUGCAUCCCUCCAACAAUAUACCAAUAGUUUCAGUGAGGAAAAUAUCAUAAGAGACAGCAGGUUUGGUAAGGUAUAUCUGGCAAAGCUUCCUGAUGGAGAGCUACUGGAAAUUUUGAAGAUCGACACUUCUAACUCAAAACUGCCAGUAGAUGCCUUUCUUGAGCUAGUUGUGAGGAUUUCUGAACUGAGGCAUCCUAACAUACUUGGUCUUGUUGGAUACUGUGCGGAGUUUGAGCAGCGAUUACUUGUCUAUGAGUACUGUAGCAAGAUGACCCUACAUGAUGAACUUCGUCAUGUAGAUGACUCAAGCAAGCCGUUAUCAUGGAAUGCUCGCCUCCAAGUUGCUGCGGAGGCAGCAAAAGCAUUACAACAUCUUCAUGACAGUUGCCAACCACCAGUUGUACAUCAAAAUUUUGAACCAUCUGUUGUUCUUCUCAACAGCACCUUAGUUGUGCAUAUUUCUGAAUGUGGCCUUGCAUCAUUAGCAUCAAAAUCAGUUUCUCAGUUGUCCGGACGCACCUUAUUCCAUUAUGAAGCACCUGAAGUGCAUGAAUCUGGAUCAGUAAGUGAUCGAAGUGAUGUUUACAGCUUCGGUGUUGUUAUGUUGGAGCUUCUAACAGGGCGUAAACCUUACGACAGUUCACGUCCACGAGCUGAACAACAUCUAGUGCGAUGGGCCACUUCUCAACUCUAUGAUAUUGAUGCCAUAGCGAAGAUGGUUGAUCCCUCCAUUCGAGGACAAUGUUCUGAAAAGGCAUUAUCCCGUUUCGCUGACAUUAUUAGCCGCUGCAUUCAGCAUGAACCGGAAUUCAGGCCACCAAUGUCUGAAGUUGUCCAAGACUUAACUCGCAUGGAAUGUGAAGCAAAAUUUGCAGAGAUACAGUUGCGGUACUCUGCAUGCAAUGCUUGGUUUGAAGAGCUUCGUAAGCAGAGAGUUGCUGAACUCAAAAGGGAUUUGGAGAAGUCGGAAAAUUCUAUUGGAUCCCUCCAAUCUGUUAUUCAAAGCCUCAGCAAUAGCAAACAUGUUGAUGGGAGUUCUGAAUGCCGCACCAGUCAUACUGAAUCAUGUCCGCGCUCCGAAAAUACAGCAGAUACUAAUUCCUCAGGUAAAGAAACGUCCAGGGAUAGAUCAUCAGCUGCUAGUUUCACAGAGGAAGCAAGCAACAGUCAGAAAUCUCAGAAAGUGCAGCAGUGUGAUACUGAUUCAAUUCAAGCUAUCAAUCCAUCACCAGAUGAGUCAUAUCCCCAGGCCCAAGUUGAAAAGGUCGGUCCCAAAGAUGGCUUGCUUUGGGGUUCUAGAAAACAAAGAGGAAGGAGAGCUAGAAGGACACUUCUGAAAGGUGGUGAUAGUAGUGGGGAUGGUGAGCCUACAUCUACAGCAUGCAUACAGAGGGAGGGUUCGUCUGAAGACUGCAUGAAGAACUUGAAAACUCCAAAUGUAGAAUCAGUUGUUAUGAAGAAGGGUGUGAAAACUCCAAAGGUAGAAUCUGGUGUGAUGAAUAAGGUUUUGAAAACUCCAAAUGUAGGAUCUGGUAUAAUGAAGAAGGGCUUGAAAACUCCCAAAGUAGAAUCUGAUUUGAUGAAGAAGGGCGUGAGAACUCCUAAAGCAGAAUCUGAUGUUAUGAAGAAGGGGUUGAAAAUUUCCAAAGUAGAACCUGAUGUUAUAAAGGACUUGAAAACUCCCAAAGCAGGAUCUGAUGUUAUGAAGAAGGGCUUGAGAUCUCCAAAGGCAGAAUGUGGCCAGCCUGUGAUUGAGAGAGUUAAACUGAAGCUGGCAGAAAUUUUGAAUACUAUAUCGACUCAAGAUGACUGCAAAAUGUUGCAACGCCAACUUGAUACCCAGAGGAAAAGAGCUAGAUAUAAGAAGAUGAUUCGCCGGCAUAUGGACUUCCGAAUACUUCACUCUAAGGUCAAGAGUGGCGCAAUCUCUUGCACCAAGGAGCUCCUGAGAGAUAUGCUCAUUUUCAUCAAUAAUGUAAUAGCCUUCUACCCGAAGGCUACAUUGGAGCACAUGGCUGCGGUUGAGCUUCGUGACUUUGCAUGCAAAACAGUGAAGCAGAGUGCAAGCUUGUUCUUGAAAAGCCAUGGAGAGACCAGAACAGCUGGUGCCCCUGUAGUAAAGAAGAAUGCUCGAGCCCUGCAGCCUGGACGCCCUGGCCCUGGUGAUGCAAGGGCAAUCAAGGUUUCUUCAAGGGACACUACUGCCAAGGAAGGAGAUGGCAAGAGACCUUGCAGUGAUGAGCUGGCUAAUCAAAAGACUAUACAGAGAAAUGAGCAAGCCAAGAAGAGAGGUGUGGGUCGGCCUCCAAAGAGUGGGCAGAGGAUUGCUGAGGCGCAGGAAGAUAGCCCCAUCAAAGGCCGGAAAAGGGGUGCUGGGGCACUGGUAGAUAGCCCCAGCAAAGGCAGGAAGAGGAGUGCGGCAGCACAGGAGGAUAGCCCCAGCAAAGGGGGCAAGAAGAGCCGGCGGUGA